AUGACCACGGCCGCAAAGACAAUCUGUGGACUUUUAGACUCCGCUUUUCCAGGUCGGGUGACAGUUCCAUCCGAUACUCAAUACCAGUCUCAGAAAUGCCUACCAUGGUGUCAGAAUUGUUGGCUUCCUGCAGCCUGCUUUGUCCGACCCCAGAAUAGCAAAGACGUUGCAGAAAUCAUCAAAACUGUAAAACGAGCCGAUAUUAAGUUUGCAAUCCGUUCCGGUGGCCAUAAUUUCAACCCAGGUUUCAGCAGCGUAGAUAGUGGAGUCUUGAUCGAUUUGCGUGAUCUUAACACGCUAGAGAUAGACAGUGAUGGGAUCUUGCAGGCUGGUGCUGGAAACACGUGGGGUGAUGUAUACACCUUUCUGGAGAAGAAAGGACUUUCUGCAAUAGGCGGACGCCAGAGUGAUGUUGGUAUAUCAGGGUAUCUCCUUGGAGGCGGGAUGCCAGCUUUCCCUAAUCUCCAUGGGCUGGGGGUUGAUAGUGUGAAAAACUUCGAGGUCGUGCUAGCUGACUCAACUAUUAUCAAUGCUAACGCUCGUGAGAAUACGGAUCUGUAUCGAGCUUUAAAGGGUGGUGGUUCCAACUUUGGUGUCGUGACGAGGUUCGAUAUACAGACAUACCCUGCUAUAUAUCUUCAAUAUAACGUCCUCAUGUACCAUCCCUCCGGAUUUGAAGAGGCCCUCCACGCUACCGUUGAGGCCCAAGAAUCAAUGGAAACGGAUCCGAAACUAGGCAUGUUUGCCGGCGUCAACCCAACAUUUAUCGCAAUCGGAAUUUAUUAUGCCGACUCAGAGGCGGAACAGCCAAAGGCUAUUGAGAAUUUCAUUAACUUGAAAAGCCUCAUGCAAGCUCUGGUGCCAACCACCAAAGGUACUAUAAAGUCCUUGGUCGAAGCUAUCGGAAUUUUAGGUCCCUCUACUAGGCGGCUUACAGCGACGACUACUACAAAAGUAUCCUAUAACUUCUACAUACAAGUCCAUAAUCUAUGGCUAGAUUCAGUGAGGAGGCAUACAAAGAUUAGCAAUCUGUGGUAUAAUAUCCAGCCUACAUCUACAACCGCUGUGCAGCUCGGAGAAGACCAAGGUGGCAAUUCCUUGGGACUCCAGAAGGUUCCUCAAACAUGGUGGUCGCUGGUCGCUGAAUGGUCUGAGGAGUCUGACGAUACAACAGUAGCCCAUGAGCUAGAAGAACUUACUGAAAACGUCUCAAGGCUCGCCAAGGAGCAAGGCUUAUAUCUGGACUUCAAGUUCAUGAAUGAUGCGGAGUUUUCGCAAAACGUACUUAGUAGCUAUGGCAUGGAAAACAUGAAACGAUUACAGGAAGCUUCCGCUAAGUACGAUCCUGAUCAGUUAUUUCAGAAAUUACAGAACAGCGGAUUCCUUCUAAGAAAUCCUCAAGCCCCCUCUAGAUACACUGACUAG